GUCGAAGCAGCCCAAAAUCUCCGGUCGAAGCAGCCCAAAAUCUCCGGUCGAAGCAGCCCAAAAUCUCUGGUCGAAGCAGCCCAAAAUCUCCGGUCGAAGCAGCCCUAAAUCUCCGGUCGAAGCAGCCCAAAAUCUCCGGUCGAAGCAGCCCAAAAUCUCUGGUCGAAGCAGCCCAAAAUCUCCGGUCGAAGCAGCCCAAAAUCUCCGGUCGAAGCAGCCCAAAAUCUCCGGUCGAAGCAGCCCAAAAUCUCCGGUCGAAGCAGCCCAAAAUCUCUGGUCGAAGCAGCCCAAAAUCUCUGGUCGAAGCAGCCCAAAAUCUCCGGUCGAAGCAGCCCAAAAUCUCAGGUCGAAGCAGCCCAAAAUCUCCGGUCGAAGCAGCCCAAAAUCUCAGGUCGAAGCAGCCCUAAAUCUCAGGUCGAAGCAGCCCUAAAUCUCAGGUCGAAGCAGCCCUAAAUCUCAGGUCGAAGCAGCCCUAAAUCUCCGGUCGAAGCAGCCCAAAUCUCCGGUCGAAGCAGCCCAAAAUCUCUGGUCGAAGCAGCCCAAAAUCUCCGGUCGAAGCAGCCCUAAAUCUCCGGUCGAAGCAGCCCAAAAUCUCUGGUCGAAGCAGCCCAAAAUCUCUGGUCGAAGCAGCCCAAAAUCUCCGGUCGAAGCAGCCCAAAAUCUCAGGUCGAAGCAGCCCAAAAUCUCCGGUCGAAGCAGCCCAAAAUCUCAGGUCGAAGCAGCCCUAAAUCUCAGGUCGAAGCAGCCCUAAAUCUCAGGUCGAAGCAGCCCUAAAUCUCAGGUCGAAGCAGCCCUAAAUCUCAGGUCGAAGCAGCCCUAAAUCUCAGGUCGAAGCAGCCCUAAAUCUCAGGGCUGAUGAAGGUCUGAUUUGGGGCCUGUCCCAGUCAGCCGAAACUAGUUUGCGUUUUAAUCUUCUAGUGGAGUUGAGUUCGGAGCUUCGAAUUCUCGGUUUUUAACAGGGGUAUCAAUUCACCCACUGUCACUCUUUUUGCUAAAGUUUCUCCUCUUCGCUGCUGCCCACCCUAACGCUUAAUGGCUACAAGGUCGAAGCAGCCCUAAAUCUCCGGUCGAAGCAGCCCUAAAUCUCCGGUCGAAGCAGCCCUAAAUCUCCGGUCGAAGCAGCCCUAAAUCUCCGGUCGAAGCAGCCCUAAAUCUCCGGUCGAAGCAGCCCUAAAUCUCCGGUCGAAGCAGCCCUAAAUCUCCGGUCGAAGCAGCCCAAAAUCUCCGGUCGAAGCAGCCCUAAAUCUCCGGUCGAAGCAGCCCUAAAUCUCCGGUCGAAGCAGCCCUAAAUCUCCGGUCGAAGCAGCCCUAAAUCUCCGGUCGAAGCAGCCCUAAAUCUCCGGUCGAAGCAGCCCAAAAUCUCCGGUCGAAGCAGCCCGAAAUCUCCGGUCGAAGCAGCCCAAAAUCUCCGGUCGAAGCAGCCCAAAAUCUCCGGUCGAAGCAGCCCAAAAUCUCCGCCCUAAAUCUCCGGUCGAAGCAGCCCUAAAUCUCCGGUCGAAGCAGCCCUAAAUCUCCGGUCGAAGCAGCCCAAAAUCUCCGGUCGAAGCAGCCCAAAAUCUCCGGUCGAAGCAGCCCUAAAUCUCCGGUCGAAGCAGCCCUAAAUCUCCGGUCGAAGCAGCCCUAAAUCUCCGGUCGAAGCAGCCCUAAAUCUCCGGUCGAAGCAGCCCUAAAUCUCCGGUCGAAGCAGCCCAAAAUCUCCGGUCGAAGCAGCCCUAAAUCUCCGGUCGAAGCAGCCCAAAAUCUCCGGUCGAAGCAGCCCUAAAUCUCCGGUCGAAGCAGCCCGAAAUCUCCUCGAAGCAGCCCAAAUCUCCGGUCGAAGCAGCCCAAAAUCUCCGGUCGAAGCAGCCCAAAAUCUCCGGUCGAAGCAGCCCAAAAUCUCUGGUCGAAGCAGCCCAAAAUCUCCGGUCGAAGCAGCCCUAAAUCUCCGGUCGAAGCAGCCCAAAAUCUCCGGUCGAAGCAGCCCAAAAUCUCCGAGCAUCUGGGAGUGCGUGGGUGGGGGGAGGUGUCUGUCUCUCCCAUCCCCCUUCUCUCCCAUUCAUCCCCCUUCUCUCCCUCUCUCUCACUCCCUUUUCCCUCCCAACGGCCUGCUGGGCGCUGUUGCCGGUGGCAGCGAUCGAGUCAGCCUAUGCGAUAGCGUACGGGUCGAACCAGCCCAACAUAUCGGGGCAGCACAUACUCAACUGCCAGGGCACGUGGGAGUGCGUGGGCGGCAUCCCGUCAGACGCCUUCCAGUUUGCUGCCUCCGGGGGAGUGCUCUCGGAUUACAUGGUGCCCUACACCGGUGUUAAGGAUGCUACUAACUGUGGGCCUGCUGCAAGGCGGCGCCUUGCAGCGUCCUUCCCACCGGACCUCUGGUUCGACCGGGCACUAGAAGAUCACCGUGCCUCCACACAAGGCUCCUCGCUGCAACAACAGUCACCAUCAGGAGGCCUCGCCUCUUCUGCUAGACGCCACGCCUCCAACUUCGCCCCGUCUCCUCCUGCCCUCCUUGCUCCUCCUGCCUCUCCUGCCGAUUCCUUUACUCCUCCUCAUCCCCCCCCUCCUCCGUACACUGCUCCCAGCCGUCUCUCGGAACUGAGCUUCAAAGGCCAUCCCCCUGAAUCGCCGCUGCACUCCCCUCCUCCUCUCCCUCCUCCUCCUCCAUCCGUCUUCUCCAACCUGCUCUCCUCCCUCUUCCAAAUCCCUCGCGCCCGCAUCCUCCAAUCAUCAUCAUUGUCUUCCUCCUCCUCCUCCUCCUCCUUCUCCUCCUCCUUACUUCCCUCCUCUGCCUCCUCCUUCCGCUCAUUCUCCUCCUCCUCUCGACCGUCCUCCAUGGGCAAAAUCAAACCCCUAAAGAAGAAGACCAAGAAGAAGCCCCCCCCUGCACCUGCCGCUGAGCCGCUCCCGGGCCCGUACACAAUCGCCAUGUUUGAGCAGGUGUCGGUGUCUGGUUGGCUGGGCAUGGUGCUGGCGCUGCAGGCGCAGCCAAUCAUCGCCAAACGUGGAGGCAGAUCAGACGUCCUUCAUGGAUUACGCUGGGGGGUACAUCUAUGCGGAUCCCGACUGCUUCAUCAAUGGGGUGGUGAACCACAUCGUGCUGCUGGUGGGGUACAGCAUGGUGGGAGCCACGCCGUACUUCAUCCUGCAAAACUCCUGGGGAUCCACCUGGGGACAAAACGGCUUCAUGCAGAUGGCCAUCCAAUCAGGAGAUGGCAUCUGUGGUGUCAAUACCUCGCCUGCGCUCUACCCUGUUGUCCGCGGGCCCAACCCGUGUGUGCCGAACCCGUGUGGGGGGGCACGUGCAGCCCUGGCCGGGGCCGGGGGGCUAUACAUGCAAGUGCAAGACGUACUUUGUAGUGGGGAAGAACGUGGACCAGUCUCCUGUGUGCAUCCCAUUGAAGCCAUGCUCUCUAAACGCGGUGAACCCCUGUCAGGUGGGCACCUGCCUGGACGACAGCAAGGGCAGCUACAACUGCAUCUGUCCACCGGGGUUCUUCGACAAGCGCGCCGGACAACACCCCCUCCUGCAUCCUCGGCCCCACACCAGACGAGAUAAGAGUGUUUCCGGGCUCACAUGCAACCUUGUGAUGUCGACCUACGGGAUCAGCUUGGCAAAUUUCACCCUACUCAAUCAUGAUCUCAACUGCGCCAGGCUAAGGCUAGGCGACGAUAUCCACAUCGGCGAUACCAACCCCUGCGCCACCCCCUAUACCAUCACAUAUAGCGAGACGUGUGCGGCGGUGGCAGCAGAGUUCAACAUCACAGUGGAGCAGCUCAAGGCGGAGAACCACGAGCUCAAAUGCAACAAGCCGCUGCAGAUCGGCCAGCAGGUGUGCAUCGAGAGGGGGACAGCAGACUUGCCGAUGUGCCAGGAGUAUGUGACUGUAGCGGAAGGUGACACGUGCGACACUAUAAUGAGGUCCGCGCGGCCGCCUCUGACCAGCCAGGAGUUCUAUGCUUUGAAUCCAGGCAUCAACUGCAACGUGGGCGAGCAGACGCUGCUGGGCCAGCAGAUUUGUACGCGUGGUGGCCAAUCGAGUGUUUUACUUGGUGCUUCAAGAUGUGUUACAAAGCAGACGUAUACAGUUGUCACUGGCGAUACAUGUGCGCGCAUCCUUGCACUCUAUUUCAAGUCUUCAGCACGCCUGCUAGCACAAUAUAACAGUGGGUAUGUUUGCACAAAUAGUCGAUUGUACAAAGGGACGGUGCUCUGCAAGGCACCCUAAAACUGGGUUUUGUGUUUUGUAAUAGUGUAUGUGUGCGUUUGUAGCUAUCUGGCUACAGUGGGUUGCUCCCAUUUUCAUGUAUUUGUACUUAGUAUGCUUGCUUUUGUUUUCAAACGUUGUCUCAUUGUUGAGAUGUAUAAUAACCAAUUCAACAAGCA